AAGCAAAGGGCGUAAGAUUUGCUGAAGAUGAGCCACGAUAUUGGCUUGCAGGAGGCCAACCCUGACCGAGGAAGAAUGGAAGAAGCGCUGACUCAAAGCCCCUCCGUGGAUCCAGCAUUGAACAAAUACCAACAAGUUUUGGACGGAGCAAUGGAAAGGCUGGAAGGCGACACAGACACCAAACAAUCAGAAGGCACCGACAGCAAUCGAAAGGGCACAAAACCGGGUAGUUCGAUGUCUCUAGAAGAGAUGGAAACGGAUGAGAUCCGAUCGGUGGAACCGACCGAGACCGACCCGAAGCGCAAGCUUUUGCGAACCUGGCUAAACAGCAUGUUCCGCAUCAAAAUGACGGAUGGUAGAAUACUGAUUGGGUUUUUCGUUUGCACGGACGCGGAAGCGAACGUAGUGCUGCAGGUGACCAGCGAAUACACCGAGAUCGGCGGCGAGGAACGGUACCUGGGGCUGGUGAUGAUUCCGGGACGCUACAUAGUUUCGAUAGAGGAACGCAAUGAUGUUGGCAAGUCGUGGUGGUCUUAGGUAGGAGUAAUCCUUCAGCAGGACUGUAUUUGGUACAUAAUCUACUCUCUCGUAAUAAUAACGUUUUCCACC